CAAAGAAUGGUAAAACUUGCUUUGUUAAAGUCCAUGCACCCUGGGACACACUGGCUAGAUAUGCUGAACUCCUCAACAUCAAGAUGCCUCUGGCGGAGAAUGACAUGGAGACACAGCUAGAGAGCUGCUUUGAGGUCUGCUGGAGUAAGUUUCCGUCGCCCUUUGACCUCGAUCCCGAUCUCCUACCGGACGAUCCUGACUACUUCACCGCACCCUUCAACAGGGCCCGUAUGGACACAUAUAUUGGUGUGGAGUGGAAUGGUGAAGAGUUUGUCAUAAAAGACAAGGAUACCUUCUUCACAAACGCUCAGAGGAGCAAGAUCUGUCACGAAAUUCUCUCCCGAACACAUUUCACUGACCUUGAUGAUGAAGAGGACAGGAUGAGGAAGAAAUUUGGAAUCAGGAAACUGACAGACAACCAGACAUACACAGCGGCCUACCCACUACAUGAUGGACGGUACCACAGUGAACACUCACUGCUAACUGUUGGCAAAGACAAUGAUCGACAUCUACUGUAUGAGCUAUGGGCUAGACCAGGGCGUUGGUACAAGUAUCAGCCACUAGACCUAGUCAGAAACUACUUUGGAGAGAAGAUAGGGAUUUACUUUACCUGGCUGGGAUUUUAUACCACCAUGUUGAUCCCGGCCGCCAUUGUGGGAUUCAUUGUCUUCAUCUAUGGACUGGGUACAUUAAUGAGGGAUGUGCCAAGUUCUGAGAUCUGUGACGACCCGACCAUUGGUAACUACACGAUGUGUCCGAUGUGUGACAGGCGCUGUUCAUACUGGCGUCUGUCUGAGAGCUGUAACUACUCCAAGGCCACGUAUCUGUUUGACAACUCUGCUACCGUGGCCUUUGCUAUUUUUAUGGCUCUGUGGGCCUCAUUUUUCCACGAGUUCUGGAAGAGGAAACAAGCCGAGAUUGAAUACGAGUGGGAUGUGGCAGACUUUGAAGAAGGGGAGGAGACAGUUCGACCAGAGUAUGAGGCCAGCGUGACUCGGAGAAGGACAAACCCUGUCACCAAUAGAGAAGAACCUUUUGUUCCGUCCUGGAGCAAGUGUUUCCGAUAUUUCACCAGCUUUAGUGUUCUGUUGUUCUUUUUGGCAUUGGUCUUGGCCGCAGUGUUUUCCGUCAUUCUUUACCGUAUUGUGAUGUCAGCCAUUUUGUACGGUAACAAGGAGGACAUCAUCAAAACUCGGGCCAGCUUCAUCUCCUCCAUCACCGCGGCCUGUAUUAACUUAGUCAUCAUCAUCAUCCUCAACUUUUUCUAUCAAAAAGUGGCGUAUUUCCUCACAGAAUUAGAGCAACACAGGACCCUGACAGAGUGGGAGGAUGCCUUCACCUUCAAAAUGUUCCUCUUCCAAUUUGUCAACUUCUACUCUUCCAUAUUUUACAUUGCCUUCUUCAAAGGAAAAUUUGUGGGAAGGCCUGGAGAUUAUAAUCGCAGUUUGAUAAACAGUAGACAAGAGGAGUGUGACCCCUCAGGUUGCCUGAUUGAGCUCUGUAUACAGCUGGGCAUCGUCAUGGUGGGAAAACAAAUCAUUAACAAUCUUAAGGAGAUUGUCAUACCUAAGGUGAUGGUAUGGUUCCGAUCACGUCAGUCCUUGAAGGAGAAGUCAGAAGAGAAGGUGUACUCCCGCUGGGAACAGGAUUAUAACCUGGCCAACAUGCCAGCUCUGGGACUGUUUGAUGAAUACUUAGAAAUGGUGAUUCAGUAUGGCUUUGUGACAAUUUUUGUGGCUGCUUUUCCUCUAGCACCUCUGUUUGCACUCAUUAACAACAUUAUAGAGAUCCGAGUGGAUGCUUACAAGUUCACCACACAGUGGAAGAGACCCUUAGCUGAACGAGCUCAAGAUAUAGGUAUUUGGUUUGGAAUCUUACGAGGAAUCUCAGCUAUAGCAGUGGUUUCUAAUGCUGCGAUCAUUGCGUUUACAUCGGAGUUUAUCCCUAAGUUGGUCUAUUAUUAUGGCUACAGUAAUCAAACACUGUCAGGGUACACCAACUUCAGUCUGUCCGUGUUUAAGGUGCAGUACUUCCAGGACCAAAGUAUCCCCGAUGACAAGAAAAUGGAUGUGUUUGGCAACGUUACUGAAUGCAGGUACCGAGGAUUUUUUGCUGAAGACCCCGGCAUGCCUGGAGACUAUGACUUCACUAUGGCGUAUUGGCACAUCAUUGCAGCUAAACUGGCUUUUGUUGUUGUUUUUGAGAAUUUAGUGGUGUUUUGUACGUGGCUUGUGAUGUACCUAAUUCCCGACAUGCCUUUCAAAGUUAAGUUACAGAUGCUCAGAGAAAACUUUUUGGCCAAGGAGGCUUUGUAUAAUGCUGACACAAUCCAGAAACAGAGAGAAGAUCGUGCAAAGCAGGAGCAUUGAAGUGGUGCAAUUAUACAUUGAAUAUUUAUAUUUAUGUUCUACUUAAAAUCAUAUACAUGUAGUUUAUAUUUAAGUCUAUAUUAUAUACCAUGACCAAAUUGUUCGAAAAAAAGCUGUAUUCUCUGUGUAGGCAUUUAUAAUGUAGCAUUCUCAUUGGGUUUUGAUUUUUUUUAACAGUUUUUUUUUGUUUAAUUUUUUUUUGCCUGAGACAAAUUAUUUUUGUCUAUAUUGAACAAUUUCAUGUUUUGAAAGAAACUUUAUAACUACUGCUGGUCAAUAUUUUUGAAGUUGCUGAGCAAAUG